AUGGAGGACAUAAAAUUAUUCAGGCAAUCAGUGGAGUACAAUGGAAUCAGAAGCGCUAUCAAGAGGGUUUCAGAGCAAUCUACUGGCCCGAUCUCUCAGCACUAUGGUUAUUUGCCUCAACACUUGACUAUUAAAAAUCCCUGCCAGAGAGGAAAUGCUGAGCGUGGUAUAACACUCAAGCAGGGUUUUGAUGCUGGGGAUGUCAUAUACGACUUCCUUCCAAAAAUUGAGGUGGCUGAGACCAAUCAGAGCUCAGAAAGUGCUGACAGUAAAGACAAUUUGUGUGCGCACUGUUUGAAGAGUCUGAACAUAUCGAAAAUGGGAGUUGAGUGCGGUGGGUGCGAUGGGUUCGUUAAAUAUUGUUGUGAGCAGUGUAUGGAUGCAGAUUUAGCAGUUCACAAGAUUGAAUGUUUGUUUAUGAACAGCUUUGAUUCUGAAGAGAGGAACAAAAUAUCCUGUGUUGAGCGCCUUAUUUUGAGACUUAUUAUCACGCUCGGUAGUGACGACACGUUGGUCAGACAAUGCCAGGAUCUCACAUCGCACCACGAAGUUUACUUAGAGGCUAAAAAGAACCAGGAUUUUAGCAAUUUAAGCCCAAGUCACCAAUCUCUAUUCGAGGUAACUGAGGCCUACUCACUGGGAUUUCUCAGAUUCUUCGGCUGCCACCUCCGAGGCUUAAUCAAGUUGUGUUUUGUUGUUUUUGUGAACUCAACUGUUUUGCAGAAUUAUUACGAUGAGCCCAUUGGUAUUAUGUUUGACCCAUUCUUUUCGUUGAUUAACCAUUCGUGCGAGCCAAAUACCAUUCUAGUCUGGAAAGGACGCAGAGCAGCACUGAAGGCAUUAAAGAAGCUACAACCAGGAGAGGAGUUACUGGUCAGUUAUUGUCCCGUGUUUAUGCCCAAGAGUGAGAGAAAACGGCAGCUACAAAACAGCUUUUUUUUCGACUGUGGUUGCUGCACAUGCACCCUAGGUUAUGAUUUGUGGUUUCCUGGCAAUACUCUAACCGGGGGAAUGGAGUGGGAAACUGACACGUUUGAUGGGAGGAUGGUCGAUGGCACAGAAACAGAGAGGACAGCCUAUUUAAGUUUAAUGAAGGGACUUCGAGAUGUCUACUGUCCCGAGGAGAAAAAAGGAGCCAAGAUCAUGCACAACAUCGCAACCUCGUUCAGACAGCUGGAGACACCAGAAAAAUCAAAUCUUGCCACGUUAGUUUACAAAAAUGUGCAGCUGGUACCCCGUCACAGCUGGCCAAUGUACAAAAUCAUGUCUCUUAUGAAAGCAAACACAACUAACGAUCCCGUGGCCAACUUGCGGUUUACUGUGUUAACCAUCGAUAUAGAAAACGCAAUAGAGCAGCAUCUGGACUACAAAGCGUCACUUGGAAUGGGUCUUUAUGAAUUGUCUGUGUGUCUGCUGAAGGUGAUUAAGGCAAAAAGACGGCAGGAAGUCGACUGGAAUCUUGAUAUGCUAGUGGAUUCCGCCUUGGCAUUGGCAUUACAAGCCCACAAGCAGCUAAAAACCAAAUUCGGGUCUUCUUUGCUGCCACCGUUGGCGGACCUGAAAAAUGUUGUGUCGGAUCUAAGGAGUCUGAAGAGCAUAGAUAUAAUCAACGAGGCCACGGCGGGCCAGCAAUUGGAGGAGUUGUCGCAGCUACUACAGUGUGGAGUGAAUUUACUGUCAUUUUGCGAGCCGUUGACCCCGCGUGACGUGACAGAUUUCAAUUUAAUUUUGGAAUCAGGGCCGGUGUCUGCCAAGCCCAUAAAUUCUAAUUUUAGUUGGCUGCUGCAGAUCUGA